AUGAAUUGUCAGCUAACGGAUCAAUUUAUAGAAGAGACCAGCCAUUUACGUCUUUUCAACUAUCGCUAUGGUUGGCUUGUCUACGAUGAAUUGUCGAAUUUCUCUCGUUUUUAUGGUAUAUUCAAGAAUGUCAAUCUUUCAGUGGAUACUCAGUUGGCCUAUGUGGUACCUAAGGAACCACAAAAACCGGUAAAUCUUAGCAAAACCUCUUACAUCAAUUUUGAUGCCUAUAAUAAUGGUUUGUUUUUGGGAGGCUCACUCAAUAUAACGUCCAACUAUGAAAUCGCCUGCAAUAGUAGCGAUUGUCACUCGUUUGAUUUGCAAGCUCCCGAACAGGAUAUACAAAAUUUUCUCUUAAAGCAACAGGAUUUUCAUAUCGAUCCUUUGUCCCGCUUGGGCAUACAGAUAUUUUUACUUUUAAAAGAUUCCUUAAACACCAAUGUUUCUUAUAUCUACUCCGAUCGCUGGACCGAUGUGGACUAUACCGGAGGUAUAGUGGGUGCUUUGGUUACCGAAACGGCGGAUUUAACAUCAGCUCCUUUCUUUAUGACUGCUGGUCGUUUUCAAUUUCUAACUCCCAUUGCUCCUACCGGUGAUUUUCGUUCGGUUGCAUGUUUCGCACUCCCCUCAAUUCGGGCUGCUCUAUUUCUCUGGUUGACUUUUUAUGUGGAAUAUUAUCGUAUGAAACCCACUACCGAGUUUUUACCCUCUUUGCUAACAACUUGUUUGAUUUCGUUUGGUUCCGCCUGUUCUCAGGGUUAG